AUGGAAACAUAAGCUUCAACAUUUUCAGGAGUCAAUCCAAAUAUAAAGACUUCUGAAUCUCAAAAUAAACUGUAUGUAGGGACUCUCUUUAGUUUCUUGGAUGAGAAAAAAUUCUUGGAAGACUAUUAAAAGGCAGAGAAAAAUUUGCCAAUCAACAAGAAAGAAGUCUUGGUCAAGUCACGAAGAGCUUCAACUGGGAAAAAUGCUAAGGAUAGUUAGAAUGGAAAUAAGAAAAUUACUACCCAGCAAUCAAUGCCUGAAAAUGAUGAUUUUUACUCCAACGAUCCCAAAAUAAUAUUGCUCUACGACUAAGAUGAAAAGAAUAAAAAAAGAGCUCUAAAAGAGAUUACAAAAGAAAUGUAUAGAGACAUUAUUAUCAAGAUUGAAGAAGACAAUAAGACUAAAAAUCUACCAAUUUAAGCUUAAAAAUUAUCUUCUGAAGUCCAUCAAUAGUGGUACAAUGAAAUGAAUCAGAAGCUAUAUCAAACGACUAAGAGAUAAUUAGACAAGACUAAAAACGGUUUAUUCAAGUAUAAUAAUUCCAAAACUCUUAGUAAAUUAGAAGAAGCUAGAAAAUAGAUGGAUACAGACUAUAUGAGUAUCUAGAGAUAGACUAAAGCAUACCUUGGUAUUCACUAGGAUAUGAAGAAUAAUAAACAUAAUUCAUAUCUCCCACCUAUUUCAAAAGCAAGUUCUGAACAAUAAAAAUUAAUGUUCUAAAAUGAUGGAGAUACAGGUCUCAAUAAGAGAACUGGAACUCGAACUUCUAAAUAAGCUACAAAUAUGGACACACUCGCAGGGGGUGAUGGGUCGAGCUUCUCAAUUAUUAAUAAAAGUCCAUAGAAAAUAAAAGGUGAUGGUAGAAUAAAUCAGAGCGAGCUUAAUACCCUUGAUUAAGGAGAUUUGGAUGAAUUUCAAAUUACUCAAGACUAAAUGGGAGACUUCGAAGCAAGGACAAUUAAGAAUGCUAAUAAAAUUAAUACCUUGGAAUUUGAAAAAUUCUCAAAAGAUCUUGCAGUGUUAGCUGAAAAUUCAGAGGAGUCUACCAGGAUUCUGGGACAACUCAGAGUUAAUUUCAGGAGCUAAAUCAGUAUUGAAGACUAUAUAUCAGAGAUGGAGAAGAAAUCCUUUUACUAUAGAAGCUUAGCUCAAAAUAAGACCAAGCCCAAUCAGGAACUCUCAGAUAUGGUUGCCUAAUAAUACUAGCAUAAAAAGUAAGAAUAAUAUGGUAAAUUCAGAGUUAUUCUUAAAGAAAUGAAUCUAGACAAAAAUGACAUAUAUUAUCUCUGCAAUAAUUUCAAGCACUUCUAAAAUGUCUAGAUCAUUAACCUUGCAGAUAACUUGAUAAAAGAUUAUAGUGGAUUCGUUUUAAUCAAUAUUCUUAGCCAUUACUCACCAAACCUCACUUUUCUUAAUCUCAAAAAUACAAAUGUUGGCCUUGAGACUAUAAAAGCCAUGAGAGACUAUCUUUCGAGUUCUCUAUGCAAACUUGAAGUACUAAAUCUCUCUGGCAAUAAACUAGAAGAUACCUCUUUCUGCGAGCUGUGUGUUGGUGUUUCAUAAAACUUCUCUUUGAAAGCACUAGACUUUCGAUCUAACAAGAUAACUCAUGUAUCUAUGAAGAUCUUUAACUCAAUUAUAAAAUACAGCAGAAUUCUUUAGGAAGUAGAUCUCUCACACAACGCUAUUUCAAAUGAAGGUAUCGACAUCAUAUCUAAGAAUCUAGGCAGGAACAAGAGCUUAUAGAUAUUUAAGAUAAAGGACACUCUCAUCGAUGAUUAAAGCGCCAAGAAUAUUUACAACAUGCUGCUAUCAAACAGAAAUAUGAAAUCUCUAGAUCUGAGUAACAACAACUUCAGUAAUGAUGGACUUAAGGAUAUUCUUUCUGCUCUCGAAAAAAAUGAAUCUAUUAAGCAUAUGGAUUUCAAUGCCAAUUUGAAGAUUGAUUGGGCUGCGAUGAAGAUAAUAAGGAACACUCAAAGCAAAAUCACUAUUAAAAAGAACAAUCCAGAGGAGUUUAACUAUGACUUGAUCUAACUUAAGAGUCAUCUCCAAGAUAUUAAUGCUUUAUGA